AUGGCCCCUUGAAGGGCCAAAAUUUGCUAUUUUGGCUUUUGCAGCCAUAUAAAGACUUCAUUUAUGGUUUGAUUUAAUAUAGACUUGCAGAAUAUCUUAAACAACAAUAGAUCUUGGAUUCCAUGAUGAAUCAGUCAGAUCCAAUCAUAGGUUACGGAGUUACAGCCCCUGAUUGGCCCCUGAAAGAGCCAAUUUUAAAAUUGUUAAUUUUUACCUUGUGAACACGAUAGAAGUGUCAUUUUACAUUUGAUUCACACAACUUAAGUCACAAUAAGAUCUCGGUUCCUGUCAAAAACCGGAUAGAUACCAUCAUGAAAGAGGCAAAAUUUUCUAACAGGUGAGCGAUAUAGGGUCAUCUUGUUCAGCGUUGGAGUUAAAUUUCUGUCCAAUUAAGUCUUUUACUUGAGGCUCCCUAGAAAAAAAUGUUAUCAACAGUUUUAUUUUGUGUUUCAUAAUUGCGGGUGGCGUCCACAGACUUUGUUCGGAGCGUAUCUUCUUCAUGCAUGGAGGGAUUUUGAUGUACAUGUAACUCAGCACUAUUAUGAGAUGGAGUGUCAUGCAGAAGAACCAUGGCCCUAGGUCUAAGGUCAAGGUCACACUUAGUGACUUAGAGGUCAAAGGUCGAAUUCAAGAAUGACUUUGUCCAGAGCAUUUCUUCUUCAUGCAUGGAGGGAUUUUGAUGUAACUCAGCACAAUUGUUCACCAUCAUGAGACGGAGUGUCAUGCAGACGUACCAGGUCGCUAGGUCUAAAGUCAAGGUCACACUUAGAGGUCAAAUGUCGAUACUUUGUCCAGAAAAUUUCAUCUUAAUGCAUGGAAGGAUUUUGAUGUAACUUGGCACAAAUGUUCACCACCAUGAGACGGAGUGUAUGGAAAAGAGGGAGUAAAGAGAAAACUGAAAAGUAGUUGUAGUCAAAGAAUGGCAGUCAAGUUGAGGAAAGCUGAAACACGGCAGCCUAAAGUAACAGAUACUAUAGAUACACCAGCUGUCGAAGACAAGCCAACACAGAUGGAGAAUGAUGAGGAGGAGCAAGUGGCAGAUUAUAUAAAUUUUGAUGAUGAAAAAAUAAAGGAAGCACUCAAGCAUCUGAAUUCAUUUCUGGAAGAAGAAAAUUUAGAUAGGCUGAAAAAAGUUUUGCAGCGGUCAAGAGAUGGAGGUGAACUUGAAAUUGGUCUUGGAAUUCAUCUUUUUUCAAAGUUGAUUGGAAAUGCUUACACCAGCAGAAAGAAGAGUUUACUGAGUUGUCCUUGUGGUUGUCUGGAAAGGCUUGCAGGUCAUGAAAAUAUGUGGAUAGGAUCUGAAAACACCUGGUAUGGAGAACUGGAUGUUAUAGCUGGAAAUCCAGCUACUGGAGAUGCUGUCUCAGUUUAUGUGAAAAACAGUGCUGGAGAUGAUGAUACUGAAAUACAGAAAAAUAAUGAAGUUAGUUUUGAAGGGGAAGAAACUGAAGAGGAAGAAGACACAGAGUUAGAAGGUGACAGUCCUGGUGAUCAGACAGAUGUUGAGCUGAAACUUUCUGGCCUGACUCAGGCCCUUAAUCAGAUUAUUGCUCAGGCUGUGGUCUUUGCUUUUACUGAGUACAACAGACAUACAAGUAAAGGAGAAUUCAUACCUUCAGUCAUAAUUGAUGAAGCAUGUUUUCAGUAUGUCAUAUACAGUCCUGCUGACGAUAUAUUGCUUGUUUCAAAUCGUAUGGUGUAUAUCGAUAUGGAAAACUUUGAUAAAAAAACAGGAUUUAGACCAUUUGUAGUGUUAUGGAUUAUUUUAAAUUACAGAUUGUUCUUUACAAAAUGUCCAGAUUUCAGGAGGCAUUUCAUCAAAAGUGGAUUCCAUGAGAAGAUUGGUGAUUUGCAACAGUUUCAAAAUUUGAAAGAUUAUUCAAAAAUUAUUUGCAUUAGGCAGAAUUUACAUUUUCCAAAUGACACUCCCAAUGCAAUUGGUACUGCAGCAAUGGAUUGGUUCCUUGAUAAGUAAGGUUCCUCUUGUCCCUGCUCCUACAGGACACGUUUUUAGCACACCUGAGUACAGGUUGAGCUAUUGUGAUCACUCAUUGUCCUUCCACACUUUUCUUCGAACAAUAUCUCCUAAACCACUGUGCUAAUUAUGACCAAACUUCACAGGAACCUUGAAUGGGUAGUGUCUUCAAAGAAUUUCUAUACAGUUGAGAACUCUGUUUGCCAUGUCAACAGAAAGGAAAAACUGAAAAUUAUGUUCUUAUCAGAAACUGCUGGCUUAAUUUUGAAAUUAUUUCACACAAAUAUUCUUUGGAUGUCCCUGUCGAAAGAAGUGGUCACUAUAGGGUGCGAUCACUCUCUUUUUGUAUGUAAUGGGAACAAAUAUUUCACUGGUCCUUGUUGCUUUUCACUGGCCUCGGACCAGCGGACCAGUGUUAGUGUCGAGCCGUGAAAUGACCACUCCUAAAGCUCUCUUCAGACUGAAAUAUUUUUACAAGGAUGUUCCAAGAGUGACUUUCUACCAAGAUUAUUCAAACUAACCCAAUUCGUCAAAAAACUUGGCGACCAAAAACAGUCAGUUUUCCCUGUAUAUAUAUAGUGGAAAAGUGCUGGCCAGAUUUUAAUAUCAUUUUGCGCAAUUGUUUUUUGGGUGAUCCUUUAAUAAAAAUUUUUAUGUCCCCCUUCGAAGAAGAAGUUGGUUUCUGGAUGAUAACUCAAGAACGCUUGGGCCUAGGGUCAUGAAAGUUGAUAGGGAGGUUGGUCAUGACCAGCAGAUGCCCCUGUUGAUUUUAAAGUCAGUUGCUCAAAGGUCAAGGUCACAGUGACCUGGAACAGUUAAACGGUUUCCGGAUGAUGACUCAAGAACGCUUGGGCCUAGGAUCAUAAAAGUUGAUAGGGAGGUUGAUCAUGAUCAGCAGAUGGCCCCUAUUGAUUUUGAGGUCAGUUGCUCAAAGGUCAAGGUCGAAGUGACCCAGAACAGUUAAACGGUUUCCAGAUGAUAACUUAAGAAUGCUUGGAUCAUGAAAGUUGAUACGGAGGUUGGUCAUGACCAGUAUUGAUUUUGAGGUUAGUAGGUCAUACGUCAAGGUCACAGUGACCCGAAACAGUUAAACAGUUUCCAGAUGAUAACUCAAGAACGCUUGGGUCUAGGAUCUUGAAAGCAGAUAGGGAGGAUGGUCAGGACAAGCAGAUGACCCAAAUUGAUUUUUAGGUCAAAGGUCAAGGACACAGUGACCCGGAACAAUUAAACAGUUUAUGGGCUAUAACUUGAGAAUGCUUGGGCCUAGGAUCACGAAACUUAAUAGGGAUUUUGAUCAUGACCAGUAGAUAACCCUGUUGAUUUUGAGGUCAAAGGUCAAGGUCACAGUGACCCGGAGCAGUUAAACGGUUUCUGGACGAUAACUCUAGAACACUUGGGCCUAGGAUUUUGAAAGUUGAUAGGAAGGUUGGUCAUGACCAGCAGAUGACUCCUAUUGAUUUUGAGGUCAGUAGGUCAAAGGUCAAGAUCACAUUGACCCAGAACAGUAGAACGUUUUUUUGCCAAAUAACUGGAGAAUACUUUGGUCUAAAAUCACAUUUGAUACAGAGUUUACUUAUGAUUGGUAAAUGACCAAUAAUUAUUAAUUUGAGGUCAGUAUGUCAAACAUCCAGUGCACAGUGACCAAAUAAUUUCUGUCUGUGUGCAAUUACUGAAUGCAUCAAGGGGGGCAUUUCGUGUUCUACGAGCUUUUGUUAGCUUUCCUGUGCACAAAGUGCCUGGGGUGAGCUAUUGUGAUCAAUCACCGUCCAUCCAUCCAUUGUCAAUUGGUCCACACUUUUCUUCAAACAACAUCACCUCUGAAAUCAUGUUGUAGAAAUUGAUGAAACUCGGCCUGAAUGUUCCUUGGGUGGUUUUCUUCCAAAUUAUUAUCAUUUGUCAUCAAUUCCCCAAUGUGUUACCUUUUAACAAAUAAUGGAAAUUAAUUACUAAUUAGACAGAUAAUGUUCGGGAAAAGAUAUCAAAUAUUUCGCAAGUCAUGUUUUUUUUUAGCUCACCCGAGCCAAAGGCUCAUGGUGAGCUUUUGUGACCGCUCAAUGUCCGUCGUGUGUCCGUCAACAUUUUCUAAAAAAAAAUCUUCUUCUUCAAAACCACUGGGCAGAAUUACACCAAACUUCACAGUAAUGAUCCUUGGGUAAUCUUCUUGUCUGAAACUGCACGGCCUAGACUUUUGAUAUUUGGUAUGUUUGUUUGUUUGUUUUGGGUUUAACGCCGUUUUUCAACAGUAUUUCAGUCAUGUAACGGCGGGCAGUUAACCUAACCAGUGUUCCUGGAUUCUGUACCAGUACAAACCUCUUCUCCGCAAGUAACUGCCGACUUCCCCACAUGAAUCAGAGGUGGAGGACUAAUGAUUUCAGACACAAUGUCGUUUAUCAAAUAGUCACGGAGAACAUGCGCCCCGCCCGAGGAUGGAACUGGCGACCCCGCGAUCCGUAGACCAACGCUCUUACCUACUGAGCUAAGUGGGCGGGCUAUUUGGUAGGUUGCAUUGUCUUGUGGUCCUUUACCAAAAUUUUUCCGCCGCUGGGGUGAGAAGAGGCCCUGCCAUGGGGUGUCUCAAGUUUUACAUAGACUUAAUAUAUAGGAAAAAACUUUAAAAAUCUUCUUGUCUGAAACUGCAAGGCAUAGGCUUCUGAUAUUUGGUAUGUUGCCUUGCCUAGUGUCCCUCUACCAAAAUUUUUCAAAUUAUGCCCCUGGAGUGAAAAGAGGCCCUGCCAUGGGGGUCCCAAGUUUAACAUAAACUUAUAUAGGGAAAAAAAAUCUUCUUGUCUCGAAGUUCAAGGCCUAGGCUUUUGAUAUUUGGUAUGUAGCAUUGCCUAGUGGAUCUCUAACACGAUUGUUCAAAUUAUGCCCCUGGGGUGAAAAGAGGCCCCGCCCCAGGGUCACUUGUUAUAUGAGUUAUAUAGGAAAAAAAACUUAAAAAAUUAUCAGAUCAUAUUUCCUAGACUGUUUAAUUAUAAUUACAUUGAUGACCCCAAGUUUUAACCAAACUUGCACACAACUUGUAUCACCAUAAGAUCUCGGUUCCUUUCUUGAACUGGCCAGAUCCCAUAAUGGGUUCCAGAGUUAUGGCCCCUGAAAGGGCCAAAAUCAGCUAUUUUGACCUUGUCUGCACAAUAGCAGCUUUAUUUAUGAUUUGAUUUUUACCAAACUUGCACACAACUUGUAUCACCAUAAGAUCUUGGUUCCUUUCUGGAACUGGCAAGAUUCCAUUAUGGAUUCCAGAGUUAUGGCCCCUGAAGUGGUCAAAAUUAGCUAUUUUGACCUUGUCUGCACAAUAGCAGCUUCAUUUAUGGUUUGAUUUUAACCAAACUUGCUCAAAACUUGUGUCACCAUAAGAUCUCGGUUCCUUUCUUGAACAGGCCAGAUCCCUUAAUGGGUUCCAGAGUGAUGGCCCCUGAAAGGGCCAAAAUUAGCUAUUUUGACCUUGUCUGCACAAUAGCAGCUUCAUUUAUGAUUUUAUUUUAACCAAACUUGCACACAACUUGUAUCACCACAAGAUCUUGCUUCCUUUCUUCAACUGGCCAGAUUCCAUCAUGGGUUCCAAAGUUAUGGCCCCUUAAAGGUCCAAAAUUGGUUAUUUUGGCUUUUGCAGCCAUAUAGAGACUUCAUUUAUGGUUUUAUUUGAUACAAACUUCCAAAAUAUCUUCAACAACAAUAAAUCUUGGAUUCCAUGACAAAUCAGAUCCAAUCGUAGGUUCCAGAGUUAUUUUAUAUCUGAUUACCUCCUCUGAUUGGAAUCAAAAUGGAUUUAUAUCAGUAAGUACUUACAGGACUUAUUUGAAAUUUCAUUAUUGUUAUUAGUUGGACUGAGACAAUCAGGAUAGAUAACUAUGGACUGAUUUUAUGUCAAAUUACCUCCCUUUAUUUCAAAUUAAAAUGGGUAUAUCUCCAUAACUACUGAGGAUACUGAUCUGAAAUUUCAUUUAUGUCACAGAUUUAUUUGGCAGAUCCUUCUUUUGUCCACUUACAAUUUUUUUUUAGCUCACCUGUCACAUAGUGACAAGGUGCCCUUCGUCCGUCGUCAAUCCAUCCGUCCAUGCGUGCGUCAACAAUUUCUUGUCUACACAAUAGUGGUUUCAUUUAUGAUUUUAUUUUAACCAAACUUGCACACAACUUGUAUCACCAUAAGAUCUCGGUUCCUUUCUUGAACUGGCCAGAUCCCAUUAUGGGUUCCAGAGUUAUGGCCCCUGAAAGGGCCAAAAUAAGCUAUUUUGACCUUGUCUGCACAAUAGCAGCUUUAUUUAUAAUUUGAUUUUUACCAAACUGGCACACAACCUGUAUCACCAUUAGAUCUUGGUUCUUUUCUUGAACUGGCCAGAUUCCGUUAUGGGUUCCAGAGUUAUGGCCCCUGAAAGGACCAAAAUUAGCUAUUUUUACCUUGUCUACACAAUAGCAGCUUCAUUUAUGAUUUUAUUUUAACCAAACUUGCACACAACUUGUAUCACCAUAAGAUCUUGGUUCCUUUCUUGAACUGGCCAGAUUCCAUCAUGGUUCCAGAGUGAUGGCCCCUGAAAGGGCCAGAAGUAGCUAUUUUGACCUUGUCUGCACAAUAGCAGCUUCAUUUAUGAUUUGAAUUUAAUCAAACUUGUACAAAACUUGUGUUACCAUAAAAUCUUGGUUCUUUUAUCGAACCGGCCAGAUCCCAUAAUGGGUUCCAGAGUUAUGGCCCCUGAAAGGGCCAAAAUUAGCUAUUUUGACCUUGUCUGCACAAUAGCAGCUUCAUUUAUGAUUUUAUUUUAACCAAACUUGCACACAACUUGUACCACCACAAGAUCUUGCUUCCUUUCUUCAACUGGCCAGAUUCCAUCAUGGGUUCCAGAGUUAUGGCCCCUUAAAGGUCCAAAAUUGGCUAUUUUGGUUUUUGCAGCUAUGUAUAGACUUCAUUUAUGGUUUUAUUUGAUACAAACUUCCAAAAUAUCUUCAGCAACAAUAAAUCUUGGAUUCCAUGACAAAUCAGAUCCAAUCGUAGGUUCCAGAGUUAUUUCAUAUCUGAUUACCUCCCCUGAUUGUAAUCAAAAUGGAUUUAUAUCAGUAAGUCCUAUGGACUUAUUUGAAAUUGCAUUAUUGUCAUUAGUUGGACUGAGCAAAUCAUGGUAGAUAACUAUGGACUGAUUUUAUAUCAAAUUACCUCCCUUUAUUUCAAAUUAAAAUGGGUAUAUCUCCGUAACUAAUGAAGAUACUGAUCUGAAAUUUCAUUUAUGUCAACAGAUUUAUUUGGCAGUCACUUAUAAUAAUUUUUUUUUAAUUACUUCCCUUUUACGUUUACGAUCUUUAUGAAAGUUGGUCAGAAUGUUCAUCUUGAUGAUAUCUAGGUCAAGUUGAAACUGGGUCACGUGCCAUCAAAAACUAGGUCAGUAGGUCUAAAAAUAGAAAAACCUUGUGACCUCUCUAGAGGCCAUACUUUUCAUGGGAUCUUUAUGAAAGUUGGUCAGAAUGUUCAUCUUGAUGAUAUCUAGGUCAAGUUGAAACUGGGUCACGUGCCAUCAAAAACUAGGUCAGUAGGUCUAAAAAUAGAAAAACCUUGUGACCUCUCUAGAGGCCAUAUAUUUCAUGGGAUCUUCAUGAAAGUUGGUCAGAAUGUUCAUCUUGAUGAUAUCUAGGUCAAGUUCGAAACUGGGUCACGUGCCAUCAAAAACUAGGUCAGUAGGUCUAAAAAUAGAAAAACCUUGUGACCUCUCUAGAGGCCAUAGAUUUCAUGAGAUCUUCAUGAAUAUUGGUCAGAAUGUUUAUCUUGAUGAUAUCUAGGUCAGGUUCGAAACUGGGUCACGUGGGGUCAAAAACUAGGUCAUUAGGUCUAAAAAUAGAAAAACCUUGUGACCUCUCUAGAGGCCAUAUUUCUCAAUGCAUCUUCAUGAAAAUUGGUCAGAAUGUUCAUCUUGAUGAUAUCUAGGUCAAGUUCGAAACUGGGUCACGUGGGGUUAAAAACUAGGUCAGUAGAUCUAAAAAUAGAAAAACCUUGUGACCUCUCUAGAGGCCAUAUUUUUCAUGAGAUCUUCAUGAAUAUUGGUCAGAAUGUUCACCUUGAUGAUAUCUAGGUCAAGUUCGAAACUGGGUCAUGUGGGGUCAAAAACUAGGUCAGUAGAUCUAAAAAUAGAAAAACCUUGUGACCUCUCUAGUGGCCAUAUUUCUCAAUGGAUCUUCAUGAAAAUUGGUCAGAAUGUUCACCUUGAUGAUAUCUAGGUCAAGUUCGAAACUGGGUCAUGUGCGGUCAAAAACUAGGUCAGUAGGUCUAAAAAUAGGAAAACCUUGUGACCUCUCUAGAGGCGAUAUUUUUCAAUGGAUCUUCAUGAAAAUUGGUCAGAAUGAUUAUCUUGAAGAUAUCUAGGUCAAGUUCGAAACUGGGUCACGUGGGGUUAAAAACUAGGUCAGUAGAUCUAAAGAUAGAAAAACCUUGUGACCUCUCUAGAGGCCAUAUUUUUCAUGAGAUCUUCAUGAAUAUUGGUCAGAAUAUUCACCUUGAUGAUAUCUAAGUCAGGGCCAAAACUGGGUCACGUGGGGUCAAAAACUAGGUCAGUAGGUCGAAAAAUAGAAAAAACCUUGUGACCUCUCUAGAGGCCAUAUUUCUCAAUGGAUCUUCAUGAAAAUUGGUGAGAAUGUUCAGCUUGAUGAUAUCUAGGUCAGGUUCGUAACUGGGUCAUGUGCGGUCAAAAACUAGGUCAGUAGGUCGAAAAAUAGAAAAACCUUGUGACCUCUGUAAAGGCCAUAUUUUCCACGAGAUCUUCAUGAAAAUUGGUGAGAAUGUUCACCUUGAUGAUAUCUAGGUCAAGUUUAAAAAUGGGUCACGUGCCUUCAAAAACUAGGUCAUUAGGUCAAAUAAUAGAAAAACCUUGUGACCUCUCUAGAGGCCAUAUUUUUCAAUGGAUCUUCAUGAAAAUUGGUCAGAAUUUUUUAGCCCAUCAUCUGAUGAUUCAAAUCACUCUGCGUCCGUGGUCCGUCGUCCUUCCGUCCGUCCGUCCGUCAUUCCGUCCGUCCGUCCUUCCGUUAACAAUUUCUCGUUAUCGCAUCUCCUCAGAAACUACCAGGGGGAUUUUGACCAAACUUUGUCAGAAUGAUGUAUUGGUACCCUAGUUGUGUCCCGCUGAAAAUCAGACUGGUUCAACAAUUUUUGAAUGAGUUAUAGCCCUUUGUUUAUUUCUAUAAUUUACAUAGAUUUAUAUAGGGAAAAACUUUGAAAAUCUUCUUGUCCAAAACCACAGAGCCUAGGGCUUUGAUAUUUGGUAUGAAGCAUCAUCUAGUGGUCCUCUACCAAGAUGAUUCAAAGUAUUUCCCUUGGGUCUAAUAUGGCCCCGCCCCGGGGGUCAAAUGGUUUAUAUGGACUUAUAUAGGGAAAAACUUUGAAAAACCUCUUGUUCAAAACCACAGGACCUAGGGCUUUGAUAUUUUGUAUGUGACAUCAUUUAGUGGUUUUCUACUAAGAUUUUUCAAAUUAUCCCCCUAGGGUCAAAUAUGGCCCCGCCCCGGGGGUCACAUGGUUUACAUAGACUUAUAUAGGGAAAACUUUGAAAAUCUUCUUGUCCAAACCACAAAGACUAGGGCUUUGGCAUUUGUAAUGUAGCAUCAUCUAGUGGUUCUCUACCAAGUUUGUUCAAAUUAUCCCCCUAGGGUCAAAUAUGGCCCCACCCUGGGGGUCACAUGGUUCAUAUAGACUUGUAAAGGGAAAAGCUUUUAAAAUCUUCUUGUCAAUAACCUACAACAUUCAGAUUUGGACCACAUGUAUGGUUUUGAGUGGCAAGAUGAACCUUGACAUGAGUUGACCUUGAUUUUGACCUAGUGACCUACUUUCACAUUUUUGUAGCUACAGCCUUCAAAUUUGGACCACAUGCAUAGUUUUAUGCACUGUAAAAACCUUUGAUCUUGACAUUGACCUAGUGACCUACUUUCACAUUUUCGAAGGUACAGGCUUCAAAUUUGGACCACAUGCAUAGUUUCGUGUUCUGAAAUGAAAUUUGACCUUGAUUUUGACCUAGUGACCUACUUUCACAUUUCUCAAGCUACAGCCUUCAAAUUUGGACCUUAGGCAUAGUUUUGUGUACCGAAACAAACCUUGACCUUUACAUUGACCUAGUGACCUACUUUCACAUUUUUGAAGGUACAGGCUUCAAAUUUGGACCACAUGCAUAGUUCUGUGUUCCGAAAUAAACUUUGACCUUAAGAUUGACCUAGUGACCUACUUUCAAAUUUCUCAAACUACAGCCUGCAGACUUGUUGUACAUGCAUAGUUUUGUGUACAAAGAACUUUGUCCUUGAAAUUGAUCUAGUGACCUACUUUCACAUUUCUCAAGCUACAGCUUUCGAAUUUGGACCACAUGCACAGUGAUGUGUACGGAAAUGAAAUUUGACCUUGAGCUAUUCAUUAAGACUUGAAAUUUGGAACACUCAAAAAUGGCACAUUGGUGGGCGCCAAGAUCACUCUGUGAUCUCUUGUUAUCUUGAUGAUAUCUAGGUCACAUGUGCUCAAAAACUAGGUCACUAUGUCAAAUUAUAGAAAUAACGAUGUCAUACUCAGUUGAACACUGGGUCAUGUGGAGAUAGGUGAGCGAUUCAGGACCAUUAUGGUCCUCUUGUUUAUUAUUGGCCGUAGGGAAAACACGAGACCACUUUUCUGUGGUACAAUAUGGAUGGUACCUCCAAUUUUUAGGUGUAUUUUGACAUAUCUGUACCUUGUAAGAAUUUUUUUUUCUUUUCGGUUAAAUUUCUUCCCUUUGUUGUUACUGUCCUUUGGACUUUUUUUUCUGAGGACCUUCUUGUCCUCAAGUGCAAUGAUAACAGGUGAGCGAUAUAGGGCCAUCAUGGCCCUCUUGUUAGGUAUAUUUUGACAUAUCUGUACCUUCUAAGAAUUUUUUCUUCUUGUUUUUGAUUAAAGCAAUGGUACUCAGGUGAGCGAUAUAGGGCCAUCAUGGCCCUCUUGUUUAAGGUAUAGCCUUGAAAUUUGGAUGACAUGUACAGUUUUGCACACCGAUCUUAAAACUGACUUUCAGUGACCCUGAGUGUGACCUACUUACCUACUUUCUUAAUAUUUUAGCAUCAGUUUGCCAUUUGAAACAUGUGGCUCAUAUUACUCAACUGAGCGGUUCAGGGUCAUCAUGACCCUCUUAUUUAAUAAGUUAAAAAAAUGUUUCUUUUUAUAAUACUGACUUCAUCAUUAUGCCCCUAUUCGAAGAAGGAGGGCUAUAUUGUUUUGCAGAUGUUGGUCUGUAUGUCGGUUGGUAUGUAGACCAAUCGGUUUCCGUAUUAUAACUCAAGAACGCUUGGGCCUAGGAUCUUGAAAGUUGAUGGAGGUUGGUCAUAACCAGCAGAUGACCCAUAUUGAUUUUGAGGUCAGUGGGCCAUAGGUCAAGGUCACAGUGACCCUGGACAGUUAAACAGUUUCUGGUGAUAUCUCGAAAACGCUUGGGCCUAGGAUCAUGAAAGUUGAUAGGGAGGUUGGCCAUGACCAGCAGAUGACCCCUAUUAAUUUUGAGAUCAGUAGAUCAAAGGUCAAGGUCACAGUGACCUGGAACAAUUAAACCGUUUCCGGAAGAUGACUUGAGAACGCUUGGGCCUAGGAUUACUUAAUAGGGAGGUUGAUCAUGACCGACCAACAGAUGACCCCUAUUGAUUUUGAGAUCAGUAGGUCAAAGAUCAAGGUCACAUUAACGCAGAACAGUAGAACUUUUUUUGCCAGAUAACUAGAGAAUGCUAUGGUCUAAGAUCACAUUUGAUAUAGAGGUCACUUAUGACUGGUAAAUGACCCGCAAUUAUUGAUUUUACGUCAAAUGUCCAGUGCACAGUGACCAAAUAAUUUCUGUUCCUUGUGUAGUUACUGAAUGCAUCAAGGGGGGCAUUUCGUGUUCCACAAGCUCUUGUUGACAUUUUAAGAUGUAAACAUGCAGUUUCCCACUAGUAAGACUAACAGUUUUUUUUAGCUCACCUGUCACGAAGUGACAAGGUGAGCUAUUGUGACUGCUUGAUGUCCAUCGUGCAUAGUGUGUCGUGCGUCAACAAUUUCUAAAAAAAUCUUCUUCUUGAAAACCACUGGGCAGAAGUACACCAAACUUCACAGGAAUGAUCCUUGGGUGGCCCCCUUUCAAAAUUAUUCAAAGAAUUGAAUUCCGUGCAGAACUCUGGUUGCCAUGGCAACCAAUAGGAAAAACUUUAAAAAUCUUCUUAUCCAAAACCACAGGGCCUAGGGCUUUGAUAUCUGGUGUGUAGCAUCAUCUAGUGGUCCUCUACCAAAAUUGUUCAAAUUAUCCCCCUAGAGUUAAAUAUGGCCCCGCCCCAGGGUCACAUGGUUUAUAUAGACUUAUAUAGGGAAAACUUGGAAAAUCUUCUUGUACAAAACCACAUGGCCUAGGGCUUUGAUAUUUGGUAUGUAGCAUCAUCUAGUUGUCCCCUACCAACAUGGUUCAAAUUAUCCCCCUGUGAUCAAAUAUGGCCCCGCCCAGGGGUCACAUGUUUUAUAUAGACUUAUAUUGGGAAAACUUUGAAAAUCUUCUUAUACAAAACCACAUGGCCUAGGGCUUUGAUAUUUGGUGUGUAGCAUCAUCUAGUGGUCCUCUACAAAGACUAUUCAAAUUAUCCCCCUAGAGUUAAAUAUGGCCCCGCCCCGGGGGUCCCAAGUUUAACAUAGACUUAUAUAGGAAAAAAAGUUUAAAAAUCUUCUUGUCUGAAACCACAACACUUAGACUUUUGAUAUUUGGUUUAUAGCAUUGUCUUUUGGUCCUCAACCAAAAUUAUUCAAAUUGUACCCCUUGGGUGAAAAGAGGCCCUGCCCUGGGGGUCCCAAGUUUUAUAUAGACUUGUAUAGGAAAAAGCUUUAAAAAUCUUCUUGUCUUAAACCAUACGACCUAGGCUUUUGAUAUUUGGUAUGAUGCAUUGUCUAGUAGUCUUCUACCAAAGUUGUUCAAAUUUUGCCACUGGGGUUAAAAGAGGCCCCGCCCUGGGGUCACUUAGUUAUUAUGUGAGUUAUAAAGGAAAAAUACUUAAAAAAUCAUCUGAUCCUAUUUCCAAGACUGCUUAAUUAUAAUUACCUGAUGACCCCAAGUAAUAUGAUGUCACGUGACUGUGACCUUGACCUACUGACCUACUUUCUUGUUUUUUAAGAUACAGCCUUAAAAUUUUGAUGACGUACACAGUUUUGCACACAAAUCGUAAAACUGAAUUUCAUUGACCAUGAAUGUGACCUACUGGAUUUUUAUAAUAUUUUAUCAUCAGUUUGACAUUUGAAACAUGUAGCUCAUAUUACUCAGGUGAGCGAUCCAGGGUCAUCAUGACCCUCUUGUUUCAAAAAGUGGUCUUAAUAGUGGGGUGGUUUUAAUAAAAUGGGAAGUCAUCCAAUACACAUGUAAGGUCUAAAAUGUGUAAUAUAUAUAGGAAUGUUGUAUUCUUUAUGUGUUUAAAAUAUAUAUUAACAAAUAUCUGCUGUUUGGACCUGAAAAUUUAAUAAAUAUACUAUAGAAACAAAGAAACUCCACAUUGAAAGUUGGGGUUAUUUUCAUUACAUAGCUUAAAUUUGUUGGGCAAUGUUAGAAAUGUACAUGUACUUUGACUGACAAACAUAGCCAACCAAAACUAAUACGAUUUUAUUCAGCCCAUUGUUAAAUUCAUGUACCCGCUCCUGAUUUCCUUGUGCAGCCCAUGCUUGUCAACCAUGUGGUUUUAUAGAGCAAAGUUUACACUGUUACAUGUGUUAAUCAAGAUACGACCAUAUUUUCAGAGAUUUCCUGACAAUCAGUUUUGAUAAUGCCAAGGCUAAAUUUUGAAGAGAAGGCCCAAGUUUUGGACUUGCUUAAAGGGAAUUCCUAUAGUUUUUAUGUGUAUCUUUCUGCGCAGCCAAUACUAUCUAUGGAAAAAGUGAAGUGAAGUCAACAUUUGUUGAAACAUGUGAUAGACAAUCUUAAAUAUGAGGAAUCUUGUAUAAAAUAACAGUUUUCAGUAAGUUUUAUCAGUAACCAAAUGUUGAUACUGGUUUAUGUUGUAUUGACAUGUAUCAUGCCUGACAUGUAUCAUGCAGCUUGCCAUUUGUGACUGUGUUUUGACGGCACAUUUUAGUACAAAGACAGUAUUGUUUAUAUACCAUAAUGUUAGACAAUUAACUUUGUAUUGAUAAGACAAUAUCUUCUUUCAAAUCAUUUAGCAUUCAGUUAUAGAAAGGAUUAAAAAAUUUUUUAACUUCUAGCAGAUAUCGAUUUGGUCAAGUUCAGGCCAUUUUUUCAUCUGAACAGGUGUUGUAUUCAAGCGGUCUUAACAUACAAUUUUGCCUGGCGACCUGUACUUUUUCGGCCAUUUUUAUGUUCACAAUACAAUUACCUAUACACAAGGAAAACAGAAAAAAUUUCUAUGAAACAAUUUUUUCAAAAUUAAAAAAAGAUAAUCUUUACUAUGAGUAUUUUUCAUUGAAAAAAGUUCACAAAAGUGAAUAUGAAACCAGAUUUUUUUUUAUUUGUACCCAUCAUUAUUAUGAUAUUGUAUUACAAAUAUGACUAUGAUAUGAAAUAAAUAUAUAAACCUUA